CGCCAGCCAGUAGAAGGGAGGUCAGCGCUCGCUCCGUGUUGAUUGCUGCUCAAGCGCUCCGCGCACGCGCACCUCGGCCACAGCGCCAACGCCGCGCCGUGACAAACUAUUUUCCCGACAAAAAUGUUGGCUUUUAUUUCGUAUUGAUAUUGCGUAAACGACAUUACGCGGACUAAUAGAUUUAUUGAUUCGAUCAUUUAGCUCUAUUUAUUUUUCGAUUGAUUAUUAGUAUAAUAAAUAUACAAAAUGGUCAGUAGCAACAAAGACGCAAACGAUCCCAAGAAAGUGCCGCCAAAGAAUCGUGAAAAGAAAAGCAAUAACUAUGUACGGGCAAACUUCUUAUCCCGAGCGUGGUUCGUGUGGAUGAUGCCGACCUUCUGGAGGGGCUACAAGCGGGACCUGUACGACGCCGACUUGACCAAGCCCAAAGACAACCACCUCUCCGACAAGUUGGGCGACCGCCUGGAGAAGAAAUGGCUAGAGGAGAUUGCAUUAGCCAACAAACAUGGACGAAAACCGUCGCUCCUGCGUGCUAUGACCAAGACGUUUUGGAUGAGUUUUGCCCCUUCCGGAGUCAUGUUCCUUAUACAGGCUCUCGUGCUAAAACCUUUCCAACCCGUGGCGCUGUCGAUGCUGCUGGCAUACUGGGAGCCGGGAACGGACAUGUCGUACGAGCAGGCGGUGUACUGCGCCACCACCGUCAUCUUCAUGUCGCUACUCAUCGCCUUCCUCAACCACCACGGCGCCUAUUCCACCCAGCAGUUCGGCAUGAAAGUGCGCAUCGCCGCUUGCUCCCUCAUUUACAGAAAGGUGAUGCGCAUGAGCUCAGGCGCGCUAGCGCAGACGACGGCCGGCCAGGUGGUGAACCUACUCUCCAACGACGUUAACCGCUUCGACUACGCGUUCAUCUACUCUCACUUCAUCUGGCUGCUGCCGCUGCAAGUUGUGCUCGUCUGCUACCUCAUCUACAUCAAGAUCGGGUACGCCGCCAUCGUCGGAGUCAUCGGCAUCGUGCUGCAAACCAUACCAGUGCAAUCUUAUAUGAGCAAAUUGGCUGCUAGGUUACGAAUGAAGACGGCACACAGAACCGAUGAGCGUGUCCGAAUUAUGGAUGAAAUUAUUAACGGCAUGCAGGUGAUAAAAAUGUACGCAUGGGAAAAACCAUUCGAGCAAGUGGUGGCGCUGGCCCGUCGCAACGAGAUCAAGUGCAUCACUCAGGCGUCGUACCUACGCGGCGUGUACCUCAGCUUCAUGGUGUUCACGGAGCGCCUCACGCUUUACAUCACCCUACUCUCUUACUCACUCUUGGGCUUCCAAGUCACGGCGGAUAUCGUUUUCCCGUUGGCACAAAUGUUCAACACGCUCCAAGCGACAUUUGCCAUUACGAUGCCGAACUCUCUUGCUCAGUCUAUGGAAGCGUAUGCCUCCAUUCUUCGCAUACAAGAUAUUUUACUAAUGGACGAACGCGAAGAUCUUCGUAGCGUGCCUGACGUAGAUAUAGCCAAACUAGUACAGAGCGUGGAGAGCAAGAGAAACAAUCUAAGCGAAGUGGACCUACGACCUAACACAUUCAAAAGGAUAGACGACGAAGGAAUCUUUAAUCCAGGAUUCGUGUGCAACGAGAAGAACCUGAUGAGCGUGGUGCCGGCGGCCCCGGUGAGCCCCGAUGUGGGCGUCCUGAUCCAGGACGUGUGCGCCAACUGGAUCGAGGACGGGCCAGUCACGCUGCGCGGACUUAACUUCACAGUACCUAAGGGGAAACUUUGUGCCAUCAUUGGAUCCGUCGGCUCAGGGAAGAGUUCCGUGUUGCAAUUGCUGCUGAGCGAGCUCCGGUCGACGAGCGGCCGUGUCCACCUGUCCGGGCCGCUCUCGUACGCGAGCCAGGAACCGUGGCUGUUCGUGGCCACCGUCCGACAGAACAUCCUCUUUGGACUGCCUUAUAAUUCCAAAAAAUAUAAAGAAGUGGUGAGAGUAUGCGCUCUGCAAAAAGAUUUUCAACAAUUCCCUCAUGGAGACCAAACAUUGGUUGGCGAAAGAGGCGCUUCACUCUCUGGCGGACAGCGGGCGCGAAUUAACCUCGCACGAGCAGUUUAUAGACAGGCGGACAUCUACCUGCUGGACGACCCGCUCUCGGCGGUGGACGCGCACGUGGGCCGGCAGCUGUUCGACGAGUGCAUCUGCGGCUACCUGCGCCACGCCACGCGCGUUCUCGUCACGCACCAGCUGCACUACCUCAAGGAUGCUGAUUACAUCAUUAUUAUGAGCAAUGGCGCUGUAGAAGCAAAAGGAACUUACGCGGAACUUAUAAAUUACGGAAAGGACUUCGCUAAACUUUUGAGUGCUACUCAAGAAGACGAUGAAAAAGUUGAAGAGAAGACGAAACCAAUGUCAAGACGAACAUCGGCCCGAUUGUCGACAGCGCGCCGUCCAUCAUUGGCAGAGUCUACCGGGGGCGAAGUGCCGGCUCAGGAGAUGGAGGAGGAGGAGCGAGAGUCGGGCUCGAUGGGCUGGCACGUGUACGGCGCCUACCUGAGCGCCGGCGGCCGUGCGCCGCGCAUACUGUUCAUGGUGGUGCUGCUGAUCGUCGGCCAGCUCGCGGCCACACUCUGCGACUACUGGGUCACCUUCUGGACUAAUGAAGUUACCUUAAAAAAAGAAAGGCAAUCCAACAGCACUAUUAAGGAAUACGAUCGCAAUUUGGAAGCGCCGGCCAACACAUCGUUCUCUUUCGCCAGCUACUUUUCUGGCAUUGAGCAACAGUCAGAUUUAGACAUCCACGCGCACAUCGGGCCGCUAGAUACUGCACAGUACUUGUACGUUUAUUCGGCUUUAAUCGUGUGCUGCAUCUUCUUCAUCACGGCGCGCGCCUUCAUGUUCUUCAAGGUCUGCAUGACGGCCUCGCGCAACCUACACAAUGACAUGUUCCACUCCAUGCUGCGUGGCGUUAUGCGCUUCUUCGAUACCAACUCAUCAGGUCGCAUUUUGAACAGAUUUUCGAAAGACAUCGGUUCCUUAGAUGAACUGCUGCCUCGGUUUCUAUUGGAAUGUAUUCAGAUCUACUUGGUGAUGUUCAGUAUCCUGGCUCUGAAUGCGGCGGCGCUCGUUUGGACUCUACUGCCAACUACAAUUAUUUUGCUCCUGUUUUACGUUAUUCUUCAGAUUUAUCUGAAAUCUGCACAGUCCAUUAAACGUCUAGAAGGAACUACGCGCAGUCCGGUGUUUUCGCAUAUGGCUGCCACAUUGAACGGCAUCAGCACUAUACGUUCUGCAGGAGCACAGGAACGGCUAAUAAAAGAAUUCGAUCGGUUCCAGGACAUUCACACUUCGACUUGGACCAGCUACCUAGCUAGUGGAGUCACUCUUGGUUUUUGGCUAGAUUUCAUUUGCGUAAUAUAUUUGGCAAUCGUCAUCAUCGCUUUCCUUGUUAUUGAUAGCAAAACCAUAUUCUCCGGCAACGUGGGUUUGGCCAUAUCGCAGACACUGAUUCUAACCGGAAUGCUGCAGUUCGGUGUGCGUCAGACGGCCGAAGUUAUUUCGCAAAUGACGAGCGUUGAGAGAAUAUUGCAAUACACGCACAUAGAACGCGAGUCACUCUGGGAAAAAGGCGCGAAGGCAACUCCAAAGGGUUGGCCGUGGCGCGGCCGUGUCGAGUUCCGCAACGUCUUCAUGAAGUACAACUCAGAAGAUCUGCCAAUCCUUAAAAACCUCAACGUAGUCAUAGAAAAUGGAUGGAAGGUCGGAGUUGUGGGGCGCACGGGGGCUGGCAAGUCCUCGCUCAUCAGCUCGCUCUUUCGACUCGCCAUCGUCGAGGGCGAGGUGCUUAUCGACGACGUGGACACGGCUCAGUUGGCUUUACAGGAUUUACGAUCCAAGAUCUCCAUCAUACCUCAAGAGCCAGUUCUCUUUUCUGCGACAGUAAGAUACAAUCUAGAUCCGUUCAACAGUUACGAUGACGAGCAGCUAUGGGGGGCACUUGAAGCAGUUGAUUUGAAGGCGGCUAUACACUCAUUGGACUUCAAAGUGUCAGAGGGCGGGUCGAACUUCUCGCUCGGACAGAGACAGCUGGUGUGCCUCGCUCGGGCCAUUCUGCGCGGCAACCGCAUCUUGGUGCUCGAUGAGGCUACCGCUAAUGUUGAUCCUAAGACGGACGAGUUUAUUCAGGGAACGAUUCGCAAUCGUUUCGCGGACUGCACCGUGCUGACGGUGGCGCACCGGCUCAACACCAUCAUGGACUCAGACCGCGUUAUGGUGAUGGACGCGGGCCGCCUGGUGGAGUUCGACCACCCUUACAAACUCCUCAGCAAUCCCGAAGGACACUUCACCAAAAUGGUCAAAGAAACCAGUGACAAAAUGUCAGAACAACUAUUCCAGAUUGCAAAGACCACAUUCCUCAACAAUGGCGGAGUUAUAGAAUAAAAAGCGUGCCAGGUGUCAUAAGUUGUUAAGUUUUUAAUUAUUUUUUAGAGCACCUACGUAAUUUUUGAACUAAUGUAAGUGAUAGAAAUGUAAGAGUGGCAUAAAUAAGUAUUAGGAUCAGAUGUACCAAGUGUUGUCUUCCAUUUCAUUAUCAAAUGGAGUUGAUGCGAUCGUGUCUGGUUCAAGAUAUAAAGAGUCCCCGGCAAGCUCGGUUCUCUAUACAAACGUAGUUAUUACGCUCUCAUUUUAAAACGACUAGCUAGAUUGCUCUGAAACUUUGUACUUACAAUAACAAUAAGGUAUAUCUAGGUCUGUAAUUAGUUUACGUAGGUUUAGAUACCAUAGUAAAAAAAAACAAUGAAUUAAAGUUUUUUAUACAAAUUUGUUUUUACUCUAUUUCUUUUGUUUUAUAUACUAGAGCUAUAUAAACUAAUUACAGACCAGAUAUAGCUCAUGUUAUUUGUAUGUGCAAAGUUUCGAAGCAAUCUAGCUAGUCGUUUUAAAAUGAGAGCCUAAUAACUACGUUUGUAUGGAGAACCGAGCUUGCCGGGGACUCUUAAUGCCUCGCUAAAAACCCAGCGCGAUAAGAGGGCGCGAAGGUUGCAAAACUAUAGAUAGCGGGGCGAAAAGUCCCUGGACCUCAGCAUCGUUAAGGGAACUCUACUACUUAGCACACUAUUUAGGGUUCCGUACUUUAAAUCAUUUAAUACAUAUUAGUCAUAUUACGUCGGUGUCUGCAAAUCAUGUUACUUUUUGGCAACUGGGUUUUUAACCUAAUUUGACCCCGCUGAAUUCGAAUUUGCCAGUAGUUGCUCGAUCGAAAUCCUAACCGGAAGUGAGAUAUUCAAAAUGGCGGCCACUAUUACCGACCCUAAUGAGUUCCUUGUAUGGAGACCAAGGUUUUUUAAUUUAUGUUUUUAUAAUUAUUAUUGCAGAAAAUAGCAGUAAUAAUAACACUAUUUUCUGAAAGUUUGGAGUACCCUUUUGCUAUGGUUCCAAAUAUAAAGAUAUGGUUCCCUUUAAAGAUUAAAAAAAAAGCUUUUUUUAGGUUUUCGUAAAUAACUCGUAAACGGUGGCGCAUAGUAAAAAAUGUUCUUUUACACAAGUAAUUUGCAUAAAAUUGCCUACAAGAAAGAUUUCAUAUAAUUUUUCGCUAGGUUCUAUAUUCAGAGAGAUAUUAACGCGGGAAAGUUAAUUAUAAUCAAUUCUAAGGUCCCUUUUUUUUAGGUUUUCGUAAAUAAAUCGUAAACUCUGGCGGAUAAAAAAAAAUUCUUCUACAUAAGUUAUCUGCAUAAAAUUGCCUACAAGAAAGAUUCCGUACAAUUUUUCGAUAAGAUCAAUAUUCAGAGAGAUAUUAACGUGGGAAAGUUAAUUAUAAUAGAAACGGGUAGAUAAAUUUAUUUGUCUACCCCGAACAUUUACAUAAACUAAUGUCGGGUAGUUUAGUGUUGUUUACCAAUAUCUCAAUUGACAUUUUGCUGGGACGUCACGUGCGCGACCAACUGACCACAGCUAGUGCAACCUAACUGGAACGUCGGAAUCACAUUAAUUAUGUGUACAAAACGCGAAAGUUUAAAGUGUUAAGUUAAAUACAAUCAAACAAUUUUUAGACACUUUGGAAUACGCAUUUGAUUCGCGUAGGUAAAAGUAAUAACUUUGUUUAAAAAUACAUAAAAUAGGUAAAAUAAAAUCAUACUCACUUUCAAGUCCUUAACAUUUGUACCUAUAUAACAUUUUUUGGUUUAGGGGACUAAAUCGUGCGUGAAACAUCAAAAUUUGAGACUUUUUUUGACAAUAUUUCAGGUUUUAGGCUUUGAAGUGUCAGUGUGCACAUUACAAUCCCUAUUAAUCUAUAUAUAUAAACGUAAAAGUCCUGACUGACUGACUGACUCACAUAAAUCAACGCCCAGCCCAAACCGUUGGACCUAGAGAGCUGAAUUUUUCACAAUAGGUAGUUAUAGCGUAGUUAUAACGUUAGUAUCCACUAAGAAGGAGUUUUUCAAAAUUCACCCCCCAAGGGGGUGAAAUGGGGAUACAAAGUUUGUAUGGGGUUCAAGUUUUAUUUUAAGCUAUGAAUUCGAACCUUGGGUAAAAGAUAUAUUAUUAAAAAGCAAGAAACCUAAUUUCAGCGGGGGUUAAAAAGGGGAUGAAAGUUUGUCUUGGGGUUCAUAUUUUAUUAUUAGCUAGGAACUUGAAACUGCAAAAACAAGAAAACUAAUUUCAGCGUUUUUAAAAAUUCAUUCCCCAAGGUGGUGAAAAUGGGGUUGAAAAUUUGUAUGGAGAUCAAACAUUUUAUGGAGUGCGGGACUUGAAUCUUUGAAUAUUAUUAGCAUAGAAGAAAAGUAAUUACAGCGUUUUUAAAAAUUCAUCCCGUAAAGUAGUUAAAAAGGGGUUGAAAAUUUGUAGGGGUCCUAAUUUAAUUUUAAGUUAGGUACUUGAAACUUCGUUGAAAGAUAUUUGAUUAAAAGGGAAGAAAACUUAGUUCAGAAUUUUUGAAAAUUCAUCUCCCAAAGUGGUAAAAAUAGGUUGAAAGUUUGUAUGGAGAUCAAACCUUUUUUGAGUACAGGACUUCUCUUUGUAUAAAGGCAUAUUAUUAGAAUACAAGAAAUAUAAUUUAAGCGUUUUUAAAUAUUCAUCCCCUAAAAUGGUAAAAAAGGAGUUGAAAGUUUGAAUCCAUUACACAUGCUUCGAAACUUCUUAGAAAGGCAUUGUAUAAUAUUACAAAAAAAAGUUAUUUCAACGUUCUUAAUAAUUCAACCCCUAAGGGGGUUAUAAAGGGGAUGUAUGUUUAUAUGUAGUACAAGUUUUCGUUUAAGCUGGGAACAUGAAAUUUGGUAAAAGGGCAUUAUAUUAAAAUAGACGAAAACUGAUUGCACCGUGUUUGAAAAGUUUGCAUCGGAAGCGAAUUUUUUUUUUAAAUAGUGGACUUGAAAAUCUAAGUGUUGAGAGGGAUUAUAUCAAGAACAAUUAUUUUCAGUUAGGGCCUUGAAACUUCGUACUUUGUGAAAGACAAAUUUCAUGCGUUGUAUAAUUAUUAACAAAUGAUUAACCGUCCCUACUGAUAUCUUUUGCUGCAUAAUGUUCUAUGCUCAUGUAAAAUAUAUAACCACCAACAUACAAAUCCACGCGUACGAAGUCGCGGGCAACAGCUAGUUGCUUAAUAAAACGAUAAAUUUAUUUAAUAUUCGUACCUAUUCUCAUAUUUCUCAUACUAGACGCUUUUUUUCACUAAAAGAGUCUUACUCCGCGCACAUAGAUUAAAGGUUUUAAAUGCGUGCUAAAAGAUUCAACCAUUGAAUAUAUAUUUAAAUAAAUAAAUGUAUUUAAAAAAUAAAGGAUAAUUAAAGUCCUUCAAGUGAGUUUUGUAACAUAACGAGGCCUUACAACUGGGAAUUCGUAUAGCGGUGCGCCGCUGACGAUGAUAUUUUUCACCUUUAAAGGACUGUUUAUUUUGAACCAUACCAAAUAGAUACCUACUCAAAAUUUUUAGAAUGUACGUGUUAUUUCAACUGUUAUUCCUUAAAAAUUAUCAAAAAAAAAUUAAUAAUAAUACAAGGAACUCAUUUAUUUAAUAUAAGGGUCGCUAUGUAGGGCAAUAAUGGCCGCCAUCUUGAAUAUCUCACUUCCGGUCAAGAUUUCGAUCGGGCAACCGGCACAUUCGGAUUCAGCGGGGUCAAAUUAGGUUAAAAAAUCCGGUUGCCAAAAUAUAACAUGAUUUGCCAGUCGCAUCAAGAAGGAGAGCGAUUUUGAAUUUUUUUGUCUAGGCUAUAGUGAGUUAGGAGCAUUUAGGCAUAACACUGAGGCGUUGUUGAUUCCCCGGCAUCAGCCGCUGGGAACGUCACAUUUCUAUUGCACCUUGACGCUAGAUAAUUAUAGUAUAUUUCAAACGCGAAGGGUAGCCAUUGACAUUGCCAAUGCCAUUGAUAUCUCAGACCAAUCCUUUUUAACAAAAUAACUUGAAUCCCAAUAGGACAAAAAUAUAUAUUAUUAUAUUAGGUAUAAAAAUAAAAAAAUACAUUUUAAUACCGUUGAGUAUCAUUGUGUAAAACGGAACUCAUUUGCAAUAGAGUUAGACUCUACUUAUCGACCGAAUCGAUUCCGCUUGUGUCAAAUGGUUUCAGUCGCGUCCAAUUGUGUUUACUUAAAAAUAUAAGUCAUCACCAAUAGAAUCGAUUAUAAGGCCCUUGCAGAUUCAAUCGAGAAUCGUAAAACAUCGUUUCUAAUUUGCUUUUUGACAUGUCAGCCUACCCUCUGAGUUUGAUAAAGACUAUAGGCCUACGCUACGGUAUCAGACAGACCAAGAAGCCUUAACUGUCAGCAUUUAUUGCAACUAAACUUAUAAGGGAACACUUAGUCGGGCUAUAAGUUAUGUCACAAUUAUUUCCAAUACCUACGAUGUUAACAUGAAACAACACACUAUAUAAGGUAAUCUACUUUAUACCUACUUAUAAGUAAAGCUAAUAAAUGAAAUAAUUAGUGCCGAGAUACAUUCCGUGCGUGAAUACUUACUUAGUGCAAACUAGUAAAAAUGUAACAAAUUGGCAUUAUGACGGUUUAAAACAACUCUUAAACCGAUUAUGGUAGACUCCUACCACGCUAACUUAUUACAUGCAUUUCCCAUCGGAUAAAAUAUAUAUACAGGAUGGUUACAACAUUUUUAGUUCUUUAGCCACCGCACCGUGAAUAUGUUUAUAUACCGGGUGGGCCUUGUAACACGAGCAAAUAAUGAAAGCAUAUAUUGUAAUCCUCAAACGAUAAAACCUUUGUUUAACAGCUUUUAAAAAUUAGGAAGUCUAGGCUUCCUAUUUUUAAUACAAAUUAAUUGUUAUCUUCAAUGUAGGCUAUCAAUGCUAUCAUCAUUGUAAUUGACGUUACGGGGACCGCAGUUUUAUACAUGUCAGCGGCAUUCCUGUGCCCUCGCACGUCCGAAGGCCCCAUCCGCGACCGCAGCCGCCCGGCCCAAAGGCCCCCCUCCAGCACGCACCUGGAAACCAAGAGAUGCCCCCGAUGCCCCCGGGGCGCACCGUCCAAGAGCCCUUCCCUUUCCCCCGGACCAGCUGAUCAAGAGGAAUGAGAAGGGACUCGACACUCUAGGAGGUUUCCUGUCCGUAGCACCCCAUCCGUUUACCUACCUACGGAACCCUUUCAAAGCGCGAAUCAACACGCUCAAAUUCUAACCUGUACUUUAUUUAAGGUAUUUUGCAUGCAUAUUGAGAAUAUGAACUAUUUAUUAUACCUACCUACCUGUACCUGUUUUAUGAAAUAGGUAGGUACAAUUUAAAAAGUAUGUUAGGCUAUAAGAUCGCCCUAUUUUUUAUUAUAUUUGUAUUGCCAGUAUCUAAGUGUAAAUGUAGGAACGUCACUGUGUUAUUUAUUUUAGAAUAGAAUGUAUUAUAAUUUAGCGAUAUAAAGUUUUUCUUAAAAUUAAUUCAUCUAAUAUUUAGUUUGUUUCAACUGAAAUACGACCAUUGUGAAUGCCAUAGAGGAUUUCCUCGAACAAAUAUUAAAUAAGCUCUACUUAUC